AUGAAGUUAUUGAUCCACAAUGCAGAUGAAGGAGAGAAAUCAGAUGAUAUGGUUGUAAGUGAUGUUAAUAGCUUGGAUAGUAGCUCAUGUGAUGAGGUUGAUUUGCCUAUGAGAAAAAGGAAGAGGAAACUGCCGAAGUUUGAAGAUUUUAGGCUUGAAACAGAUUUGAAUAACCCAAUCUUUAAGCUUGGUCUAAGAUUUCCCAUUGUCUAUGUAUUUAGGAAAGCAGUGAGAAAUUAUUCAGUAUUCAACAGAAGGAAGAUUAAGUUCUCCAAGAAUGAUAAAGAUAAGGUUAGAGCAGUUUGUGAUGGGAUCAAGAGUGGAGAAUGUUCAUGGUUUGUUUAUGCUUCAGUUGUAAAUGGAAGUAGCAUGGUUCAAAUUAAGAGUUAUGAAGAAGAGCACACUUGUGGGAUUGUUGAACGCAAUGUCCAUGCUAACUCAUCAUGGUUAGCAGAGAGAUAUGCUACACAGCUUUCUAGAAUAAUAAAUUGGGAUGUAGUAGCUUUUAAGGAAAGGGUGAAUGAAGAUCUAUGUGUCAUAGCUUCAAGAUCACAGAUAUACAGAGCAAGGCAAAAGGCAACUGUUGUAAGUGAGGGGACUUACAGAAAACAGUUUGAGACUCUUUGGGAUUAUGUUGAGGUGCUGAAAAUGACAAAUGUGAGAACUACUGUAAAGAUUAAGUCCAAUUUGGAGGCUACAAAGAAAGGAUUUAUUGAUGCUUUGAGGCCAGUUGUUGGUUUGGAUGCUUGUCACAUCAAAGGGCAACACCCUAGGCAAUUACUAUCUGUUGUUGGUGUUGAUCCUAACAAUGGCAUGUAUCCAAUAGCUUAUGCAGUGGCAGAGGCUGAGAAUUAUGCAACUUGGACUUGGUUUUUGGAACUCUUAGCUGUUGAUCUUGGCAUUGAAAAUAGCAAUGGGUAUGUGUUCAUUACUGAUAGACAAAAGGGAUUAAUUGAUGCAGUGGGUGACAUGUUCCCAAACUCUGAGCAUAGACAUUGCCUUAAACAUCUGCAUGCCAAUUUUAUACUUGCUGGCCAUAGAGGAUUAGUUCUGAAACAACAUAUGGAGGCUGUUGCAAGAAUUACAACUAUACCUUGGUUUCAAGCAAAGAUGAAAAAGCUCCAAGAUUUGUCAAGACCAGCUUUUGAUUGGUUGUCAACGCUUGAUCCAAUGCAGUGGUGUAGAUCUCACUUCAAACACACUCAAAGUGUGACAUUCUCUUGA